AUGGUGAUAAAAUACAUUGGUAGGACACAUUAUUUGAAAGGCAAACCAUUGUGGGAAAUAUUAGGAAAUUUGAAAAACCAUGGCGUAGGUAGAAUUGUGAUACGAAGUACUCAACAAAGAUAUCCUGAAGCAUCUUAUAUGAAAAUACUUAAAGUUGCAGCGUUACCAGAUACUUCAAAACAUUUUCAUGAUCCACGAAAUGUUAUAGUAUUGGUCGAGCAAGUUUUCCGAGGUCAAAAGAUUCCUAUACCUGUACAAAUAGAUAUAGUGACAUAUAAGCCAGAUUAUAUAUUGAUUCCUAAAGAUCAGGAAGCAAAUUACAUAAACAGAACUGAACAACCAAUACAGAAGAUCAUGCCAAGAACUACAAACUUUCCACCUCUUUUGAAAGAAAUAUUAAUGCGUCAAAGAACAAAUCUGAAAGAAGGAUCUUCCGAUUUAAAACUAGAACUCAAAUAUGCUCUUUUUGGUAUCAAAAAUUAUAAAAUCGCUGAAGAAGGUGAAACUCCUACAGUUAAUAUUGAUAUAGGAUUAGGAAAACCAGCAAGUCCUAGUUUAUAUGCAAAUAUUAAGCAAGAGAAUACAUCAUGAAUAUAAUUUUAUAUAUUCAAUGAAUCUUAUAAUGUAAUAAUAAAAAUGAAAUAUUUUUUUUAACUAGGAUGUUUACCCUUUGGUAUAAUCUUUAAACAAAAGAUUGUUUUCCCUCCAGCGAUUUUUGUGCUAUUGAUCGAUAUUUUUCACAUUUAAUUAUAGCUUCGCGUUCUUGUAGUGAAAUAUCUGUAAAGAAACAAAAUUUUAAUAUCAUAUUAAGAAUUAUAUCAUUACUGAUAUAAAUUUCAAAUAAACCAUACUUAAAAAUUUUUGAGAUUGCAGAAUAUCACUUUCCUUUUUGUCAAAGAGAUUUUUCAUCGCAAUAUCCUAACGAAUUAAAAUAUAAAAUAAUCGAUAUAAUUAAAAUAAAAUACAAUAUAAUAUAUAAGUGUGAAUGAAAUAAAUUAUAUUUUAAAUAUA